AUGUCAAAAACUAGCGCGUCAAAAACUAAUGAAUCUAGGACCGAAACGCCAGACCCCAAAUUAAUGAUGUUAUUGAAUAUAGCUAUAGCUAGGCGCGAUUCUUUAUUUAACCGCUUACAAACAAUUUAUGAUCGCUCUCAACAAGUAGAUAGUGAGGUGGACAGGGAAGAGUUCCUUUCUGGAGCGAUUUCGAUUGAUGCAUUACGAAGUGAUUUCGAAAGGGUAUUAACCGAUUAUAAUCUAUAUAAUAUGCAAGUCUACCCAGAAGCAAAGGUGGAAUAUCAGUCAUGGGUUGCGUUCGAGGAACUAUACUGUCAUAUAAAACGUGUAAUGUCUCGUCUUACAAGUCGAAUAACAAAUGAAUGUCCGAGAUCGGCCACAAUAUCGCGACCGUCUUUACCGCCUAUAGAGCUAGCGUCGUUUGAUGGUGAUAUCCGCUCAUGGUCUUUAUUUUAUGCAAGUUUUAAAUCCACUGUGCAUGAUAACCAGUCCCUAUCAGACGCCGAUAAAUUGUAUUACCUGCUAGGUAAAUUAACAAUCAAAACGCAUUCUGUGUUCGCCGGUAUUACUCCUUGUGCUGAGAAUUAUGAACUUAUUUUGAACGCGCUUAUAGAGAAGUACGAUGAUAAACGCAUGCUAGCAUCGACCUAUAUCAAUCAAAUUUUUGACUUUAAACCAGUUUCUCACUCUUCUGCUCGAAACCUAGAAUUAUUUUUACAUACGUUCGUAACCGUGGUUAGCGCAUUAAAAAACUUACAAAUACCUGACCUGACUGAUUUUAUUUUAUUACAUACCGCCUUAAAAAAGUUGGACCCCGAAACAGUUCUUUCUUUUGAAAUGCAUUCUCGAAAGGAUAAAAUUCCUAAUUUUAAAAGUUUAACCGACUAUGUAAAGGAACAAGUUAAUAUAUUACAGCGCUCUUAUCAUUCGAGUUUGACCUCGAAUUCGAACCCGAAUCACCGACCCACCGCAAAGGUUCCACAACCGCAAUCUUAUGUCGCUAUGGCCUAUACAUACAAAUGUUUGUGCAGGGAUAUUGUGCAUGAUCAUUUAUACAAGUGUCCGGCGUUUUGUAAAAUGACAGCGAACGACCGUUAUAAAUAUGCUAAGGAACGACACGCUUGCGUAAAUUGUUUGAGUGUUAUACAUAAGGCAGGGACUUGUAACUCUAACUCUAAAUGUAAAAUUUGCAAAGGCAAACAUCAUAGUUUACUUCACUUUGACGCUUUCAAACCUGCUAACGCUCGCGUUGUGACCACCGCCGCCGAGUCAUCGGGUACAACGCGCGCGAUCGUACCGACAACAGCUGCUCCCGCGUCGUCGCCCGAUGCGCGUAGCAAGAGCGUUUCGUUGUGCACAACGUCCAUUGCCGCACCGCUAUCAACGCAAUCUUGCGUAUCCGAAGAUUUAUUUACACGCAAUGUAUACACUACGGUUCUGCUAUCCACUGCAGCGGUUAUGGUACCCGACGCGUAUGGCACGAGCCGUAGUGUGCGUUGCUUAUUAGAUAGUGCAUCACAGAGCAAUUUUAUAACGUCGGAAUGUUGUGAUAGAUUAGGUUUAUUAGUAAAUAAAGACAACAUAAAGGUAAAGGGUAUAGGGGGUUCAGAAAAAUACGCAAAGGGAGUUGUAGCAUUCCAGUUCACUUCUCGUUUUAACCCUAACAUAAGAUAUAAUAUUUCGUCGCUCGUCGUCGAUAGAAUAACAGAUGACUUACCGUCUAUGCCUGUCAACGCAUCCGCUAUGCCGUUCUUACAAGAUUUGCCGUUGGCCGAUGAAAAAUUCUUUGAGCCAUCACAGAUCGAUGUUCUGAUCAGUGCUUCUUUAUUUUCGCAACUUUUAUUGCCCGGUAUAGUAAGGGAUAACUCUGCUGUACCGCUAGCUAUACAAACAACGCUUGGUUACGUAAUUAUGGGCACUGUGCCCGCACUUCCCGCUCGCGAAAACGUAACCUUGACGUGUUGUAGUACAUUACCCGCACACGCCGAGAAAGACCCGCUAGAUACGUUGGUAAAACGGUUUUGUCAAAUAGAUGAAUCUCCUUUGAGAACUCCGCCCACUCAGUCCCCGGCUGAGAUAGAGUGUGAGCAUUUCUUUCGCGAAGCCACUGAACGUGACAAAGAAACGGGCAGAUACAUAGUAUCGUUGCCUUUCCGAGAUGAUAUAUUUUCGCUUGGUGAUACUUAUGAAACCACUCGGAAACGUUUUCUGAUGUUGGAGAGGAAGUUUGAAGCCGCUCCUGAGUUUAAGGCCGCGUAUGACUCAGUUAUCCACGAAUAUUUAGAAAAGGGCUAUCUGUCACCCGCGCCGCUUGUUGACAGUGAUAACUGCUAUCCCGUUUACGUCAUACCACACCACGGUGUUUUGCGUACAGAUAAGACCACUACUAAACUUCGCAUGGUUCUCGACGAGAGUCAUAAAUCGAGUUCAGGCCGCUCACUGAACGAUAUUCUCCAUAGUGGUCACAAUUUACAAGGUGAUCUGUUUGCAAUUAUUUUAAAUUUUCGUCUUUUCGCUACCGCGCUUUCCGCUGAUUGUAAACAGAUGUUCCUUCAAAUUAUAAUGAAUAAGCGCGAUCGUCGCUUUCAACGCAUGUUAUAUCGUUUUCACCCGCAAGAAGAACUUACCGAGUAUGAAUUUAAUAGGGUUUGUUUUGGACUUAGGUCCAGCCCAUAUCACGCGCUCCGUGUCAUUCAGCAACUCAUUGCGGAUGAUGGAGAUUCAUUUCGGUUAGCAAAGAUAAUUGCUUCUCGCUAUAUCUAUAUGGACGAUAUCGUUUUUAGUGUUAUGUCGGAGGAGGAAGCUGCAUCAGCUGCUAAUGAGCUGAUUGAGUUAUUUAAACGUGCGCAGUUCGAUUUAGUAAAAUGGACAUGUAAUUCCGACUCGGUCUUAAGCGCUCUGCCUUCGUCAUAUAAGAUGUCUGAACCUCUUGAAUUUGAUAAAACCGCUCAAUUUAAAAUUUUGGGCUUGAGUUGGGAUAAAUUUCGCGAUUGUUUUGAAUUUAAAGUAACCAAGCUUGACGAAAGGUGUUCAAAGCGAAUCAUUUUAGCCACUGUAGCUAGAAUUUGGGACAUAAUGGGCUUCGUAGCGCCUGUUGUUCUCUUCGCUAAACUUCUCAUAAAGGAUUUGUGGCUAUUGAAACUUGAUUGGGACGAUUGUCCGCCCCAGCAAAUAGUCGAAACCUGGAAAAGGUUUUGUGUAGAGUUACCGCUACUCAAUGACGUCAAAAUGCCGCGACAUUUGGGGGUCUUCGAACAUUGCGUUGUACGACUGGUCGGCUUUUCUGAUGCUAGUCAGCGUGCUUAUGGAGCAGUGGUAUACGCCCAUAUUACUCAAGCAAGCCAGGUUACGACGCGACUCGUCUGCGCCAAGUCAAAGGUCUCACCAAUGAAGCCUUUGUCUAUUGCACGUCUCGAACUCUGCGCUGCCGAAUUACUGGCAAGACUAAUUAAACGCGUGCAUGACACCUACGAUUCACGCUAUCAUAUUAGUGAUAUGUACGCGUUCACAGACUCAAUGGUCACACUUUGUUGGAUAAACUCUUCUCCGCACCGCUGGCAAACUUUUGUCGCUAACCGCGUCGUCAAGAUUAUUGACAAUUUACCGGCCACUAAUUUUCAUCACGUUGCGGGAAUAGAUAAUCCACCUGAUUGUUUAUCGAGAGGUCUUACACCCGAAAGGCUAAUAUCUCAUCCAUUAUGGUCACAACGUCCGUCCUGGCUCGCGCAAGACCUCUCACUGUGGCCUAUCACUAAUGCAGACCAUAAUACUAUAGCGCUAGACAACGUACCGGAAGAGAAAAUAACCGCACACCCCAUUACUACGUCAGAACCAGAAACGUCCUUAGUUCAAGAUCUUAAUAAACGCAUCUCCUCCUGGAGUAGACUCACGCGUAUCCUUGUUUAUGUCUGCAGAUUUAUAAAUAAACUACCCCGUUCCGGUUCGAUAGCAGUUACCGCGUUUGAUAUAAGCGCCGCAGAGCAUAUGAUAAUAGGCGAUAUUCAAAAAAAAAAAUUUUGCAUUCGACAUUAG